AUGCAAAUUGACACUCCAUCACCACAAGCACCAGAAAUUGAUGAAAGUUUAUACUCUCGUCAAUUGUACGUGUUGGGUAAAGAAGCCAUGUUGAAAAUGCAAAAUUCAAACAUUUUAAUCAUUGGUCUUCGUGGGUUAGGUUUAGAAAUUGCCAAAAACGUUGCCCUAGCUGGUGUUAAAUCAUUAUCUAUUUAUGACCCAAAUCCUGUUGAAUUAAAAGACUUAUCCACUCAAUUCUUUUUAACUGAAGAUGAUAUUGGUAAACCUCGUGGUCAAGCAAGUUUGGCAAAAUUAGCCGAAUUAAAUUCAUAUGUUCCAAUCUCUAUAGUUGAUGAAUUAUCAGAAGAAACUUUAUCAAAAUUUCAAGUUGUUGUCUUGACUGAUGUUUCUUUAGAAGAACAAGUUAAAAUUAACAACUUUACACAUUCAAAUAACAUUAAAUUCAUCACUACUGAUACUAGAGGUUUGUUUGGUAAUGUUUUCGUUGAUUUUGGUCAAGAUUUCACCAUUGUGGACCCAACGGGUGAAGAACCAUUAACUGGUAUUGUAUCAGAUAUUGAAUCUGAUGGUACCGUUUCAGUCUUGGAUGAUAACCGUCAUGGUUUAGAAGAUGGUGAUUUCGUUAAAUUUUCUGAAGUUCAAGGUUUAGAAAGUUUAAAUGAUGGUCAAGUUUUCAAAGUUACAGUUCCAGGUCCAUAUGCCUUCAAUAUUGGUGAUGUUUCAAAAUUAGAAACUUACAAAAAAGGCGGUAUCUAUACCCAGGUUAAAGUUCCUCAAAAAGUUUCAUAUCAAUCAUUAGCUGAACAAUUGGAAACCCCAGAGUUUGUAUUUUCAGAUUUUGCUAAAUUUGAUCGCCCAGCUCAAUUACAUUUAGGGUUCCAAGCUUUACAUCAAUUUCAAACUAGACAUAACUCUUUACCAAAACCAUUUAAUCAAGAAGAUGUAAAUGAAUUUUUACAUUUGGUAAAAAAUUUGGCAACUCAACAAAAAUUUGAAGGUGAUUUAGAUGAAAAAUUAUUAACUGAAUUAUCAUUCCAAGCUCAAGGUGAUAUCCCAGCUAUUAAUGCAUUCUUUGGUGGGUUAGUUGCUCAAGAAGUUUUGAAAGCUUCAUCAGGUAAAUUCGUUCCAAUUAAACAAUUCUUAUAUUUUGAUUCUUUAGAAUCAUUACCAAACAAUUAUCCAAGAACUGAAGAAAACACUAAACCAAUUGGUUCUCGUUAUGAUUCUCAAAUUGCUGUUUUCGGUUUAGAUUUCCAAAAGGCUAUUGCCAAUGUCAAGACUUUUUUGGUUGGUUCUGGUGCUAUUGGUUGUGAAGUUUUGAAAAAUUGGGCUUUAAUGGGUCUUGGUUCAGGUCCAGAAGGUAAAAUCAUUGUUACUGAUAAUGAUACUAUUGAAAAAUCAAAUUUGAAUCGUCAAUUCUUAUUUAGACCAAAAGAUGUUGGUAAAAAUAAAUCAGAAGUUGCCGCUUUAGCUGCUGUUGCCAUGAAUAAAGGUUUAGAAGGUAAAAUUGAAGCUAAAGGUGAUAAAGUUGGUACCGAAACUGAAAACAUCUUUGAUAACAGUUUCUGGGAAAGUUUAACUUUUGUUACCAAUGCUCUUGAUAACAUCGAUGCUCGUACUUAUGUUGAUCGUCGUUGUGUUUUCUUCAACAAACCAUUAUUAGAAAGUGGUACUUUGGGUACUAAAGGUAACACUCAAGUUGUUAUUCCAAGAUUAACAGAAUCUUAUUCUUCAUCUCAAGAUCCACCUGAAAAAGCUAUCCCAUUAUGUACUUUACGUUCAUUCCCUAACAAGAUUGAUCAUACUAUUGCAUGGGCCAAGAGUUUGUUCCAAGGUUAUUUCACUGAAGCUGCUGAAAAUGUCAACUUGUAUCUGUCACAACCAAACUUUCUUGAAGCCACUUUAAAACAAAGUGGUGAUGUUAAGGGUAUCUUGCAAACUAUUUCAGAGUCAUUAAAUAACAGACCUUAUUCAUUUGAAGAUUGUAUCAAAUGGGCAAGAUUAGAAUUUGAAAAGAAAUAUAAUCAUGAUAUCAAACAAUUGUUAUUCAAUUUCCCAGAAGAUGCUAAAACUUCAACUGGUGCUCCAUUCUGGUCCGGUGCUAAACGUGCUCCAAAACCAUUAGUGUUUGAUAUUAACAAUCCAGAUCAUUUCCAUUUUGUUGUUGGUGCUGCCAAUUUAAGAGCUUUCAACUAUGGUCUGAAAGGUGAUCAAGGUGAACCAGAUAAAUCAUUUUAUGGUAAAAUUAUUGAUGAAGUCAAAAUCGAACCAUUUUCACCACGUUCAGAUGUUAAAAUUCAAGCAAAUGAUGAUGAACCAGAUCCAAAUGCUCAACAAGCUGUUGAAACUGAUGAAUUACAUCAAUUAGCUGCUUCUUUACCUCAACCAUCCACUUUAGCUGGUUAUAGAUUAAACCCAGUUGAAUUUGAAAAAGAUGAUGACACUAAUCAUCAUAUUGAAUUCAUUACAGCUGCUUCAAAUGCUCGUGCUUUGAAUUAUCAAAUUGAUGUUGCUGAUCGUCAAAAGACCAAAUUCAUUGCUGGUCGUAUCAUUCCAGCUAUUGCCACUACAACUGCUUUAGUUACUGGUUUAGCUCAAUUAGAAUUAUACAAAGUUGUUGAUAAAAAAGAUAAGAUUGAAGACUACAAAAAUGGAUUUGUUAAUUUGGCCUUACCAUUCUUUGGUUUCUCUGAACCAAUUGCUUCACCAAAGGGUAAAUACAAUGGUAAAGAAUUUGAUAGAAUCUGGGAUAGAUUUGAUAUUAAAGGUGACAUAACACUUCAACAAUUAUUAGAUCACUUCAAAGAAAAAGAAGGUUUAGAAAUCACCAUGUUGUCCUAUGAUGUGUCUUUGUUGUAUGCAAGUUUCUUCCCACCAAAGAAAGUUAAAGAAAGAUCUCAGAUGAAGAUUACUGAAUUGAUUAAAACUGUCACCAAGAAGGAUAUUCCAGGUCAUGUUAAAACUUUAAUUUUGGAAGUCUGUACUGAUGACGCAGAGGGUGAAGAUGUUGAAGUUCCUUAUGUUACAAUCACCUUAUAG